GAAUGUAACAUUAUAAUCUCGUUAAACUCGUCUUCAUGCCAUACUCAUUCCAAAACUCAUUCUAGACAAGCUGAUAUUUUCACCCGCUCGUCAAAGGAUUUUGGUGUUUGCAACAUGACUUUCAACGUGACCAUCAGCCUGUUCCUCAUUUCCGCCAUCGCAUGCCUCACCGAAGGAUGCUGUCCGGACAUGUUCGUGGGAGUCGGUGACCGCUGCUACCACUACAGCUCCUACAAGAGAACAUGGAUCAAUGCGGAUAGUGCAUGCAGAGGGCUUGGAGCGCAUCUAGUGAGCUUCCACAACUCGGGGGAGAGCGCAGAGGUCUAUGACCUUUGGAAGAGUUAUACCGAUGUGGCUUACACCGAUGAUAAAGACAGGGCCUAUUGGAUUGGUUUUAAUGACAGGAGCUACGAAGGCUCAUUUAAGUGGAGUGAUGGGACUAGUGUGAACUACGUACAUUGGCAGAGCGGUGCACCUAACGACAACAGGGGAGAAGAUUGUGUGUCUCCCCGUAACUCUGGUAGCAGUGAUGUUACCAGGGAGGAGUGGAAUGACUACGACUGCAACGAAGAGAAAUCCUACUUCUGCUACGUACCUCUCACCAUCUAAAUCACUGCAUGGCAAAGGUUCCCCAUAGGUCAAAUCAACCGUAUCUCAAAAAUUAGCUUUAACACACUAGCCAACUUCGACGUAUAAAUACAAUUGCAAUAAUUACAAUAAAAACAAAAGAAAAAAACAAAGAAAUAAACCAAAAAGUAUAUCAAGCAAAUAAACACGGAUGUUAAAUAAAGACCAAACCGCCCCAACUCACGAUAAAUCUAUCCAGUUGAUGCCAAUGUCCCUCCAAUUCUGAUUAAUGUGAUAUUGAUUUAGAUGGUAUUGUACUCUUUUGGAGACAAUUGCACAACAUUUUUAUUGUAAUUAGAAAUUCCAUUAUUAGAACCUUCUAUUUUGUGCGAAAACUAGAACUUUAAGCUAUUAAAGUAGUUCACUGUCUAGACUGUUCUCUAUUCGUACGUAUUAGCGACCUAUACGCGCCCGCUCAUACGCUAGCUAUAAAAGGGACUUUUAGAUUUGCACGUGGACAUAGUGGACUGCUACAUGUGACUUCAUUUUAAGGCACUGACAGUACCUUAAAAGGACGUCAGAUUGCAUUAAAAUGACGUCACAAGUAGCAGUCCCUAAUACUACAAAGUCACGCAUUAAUACAGACCCUUAGAGCUAGUGAGGAACGGUAAAUUCCGUUGUGAGAGAGCGCGCGAACGCACUCAAAGAUAAAAUAUAUCAAACGAACAUAAUCUGUUCCAUGUAUUAAGUAGUAUUUUUGCACAUAUUGUAAUUAAGUUUGUCCUGAAUGAUUACGCAGAAGCACAGAAUGAACUAAUUUAUCGAUAAAGAACCGCUGAGAA